AUGGGAAAGAAUUUUCUCAUUACCGGCGCUGCCAGAGGCAUCGGUCGAGGACUGUCGCGACUUUUGCUCCAAAGAGGUCACAGUGUCUUCCUUGUUGACAACAACAAGACUGAAUUGGAGCACACAGUGAAACACCUCACUGAGAACGCCUCGGGUAGCAAUUAUUCCACUGCAUUAUGUGAUUUAUGCGAGCCAUCACAAAUCAGAUCGGUCGUCGAAGCGGCGGGCAAAUUCUUCGACGGGAACCUUGACGUGCUAAUCAACAACGCCGCAUAUACUGGCGCCGUUGGAAGCACACCCUUCGCCGAACUGAGUCUCGAUACAUGGAAUAAAAGUAUUCAGACCAACUUGACCGGCGCAAUGUUGAUGAGCCAAGCAUGUCUGCCAAUGUUAAGAAAAGGCGCUGGACGUGACAAGGGUGGUUCUAUCAUCCACAUGUCCUCAACGCGCGCACACCAAUCCGAGCCAAAUUCGGAGGGUUACGCAGCGACAAAAGCUGGACUCAUUGGGCUCACGCAUUCGAUGGCUUCCAGCUUGGCUGGUGAUGGCAUUGCUGUCAAUGUCAUCCUACCUGGAUGGAUCAAUGUCGCCAAUGAAUGCAAAGAUGGCGGUGAAUGGGAAGACGGUCUGUCGGAGGGAGACCACCGUUGGCACUUUUCAGGACGGGUGGGUAAAGUUGAGGAUAUACUGCGUGCGGUUGAGUACCUGGCUGAUGCUGAGUUUGUUACUGGUACGGAAAUGGUGGUGGAUGGAGGUGUUACCAGGAAGAUGGUGUACCCUGAGGAAUAG